UCGAAAGUUUUGGAACUAUUCAGAAGGAUAAGAAUGCUGGAUCCACGAGAAACUUUUGAAAAAUAUGAACGAAAAUCUCCACAUCCACCACAGAAUGUAAUAUCAGAAAGAAGAGAAUUUGUUUCAUGUGAAUAUAGAAGAGAACCUUUGCAUCAAGAACAAAGUCGCCCCAGCUCAAUUCUUCGCAAUCCGUUGCCUCAAUCACAUCCAUACGAAGAAAGAGAAAAUGCUCGAUUGGCAUGUGAAUACAGAAGAGAUCAACAAUCCGAACAUGGCCAACUUGCAUGCGAACUGAGAGCCCGACCAUCUACAACCAUCACCACGUUCCUUCCUGAGAAUACCAAAAGGAAAAUGCCACUUCCAAUUGGAUGGAUUGUUUGCAUUGCUGUCUGCAUUCCAAUUCUAAUUGUAAUUAUUGUAUUUGCUGCAGUUUGGCUUCAAGAAGUUGGAAUUAUAUAAUUUAUAUAUCAACAUCACAUUCCAACCGAAUUUAAAUCGGGUUCAACUAGUUGAAAUUAGACUAUUAUGAUUAAAAAACUGAUUAUUUAGAAAGUUUUCAACUUCGGUCUAAUUUUGACAUUACUAUGCUGCCAGUCCAUUUCAUCUCAUUAUUUCACUUUUUCUCCGAUCAAUAAAAACUUUAAAUUUU